UCUCGACUAUACAAGUAAACAAACAAUUUAUCAUCACAUUGCAGAUAUCGGUUUAAUUUUCGCGGUAAAUAUUUGGUGAUAUUUACUUAAUUGCGCGUUGUUCUUUCACGGAAGUGCUCCAGAAUGAGUCGUCGUAAAAAAGCGAAGCUUGAAAGUAAAGAAAUGGAUGAAAAAGUGAUUGAAAUUGAAGAGGAUCCUGUCCCUGAAGCCACUGAUAAGACUAAGGUGCUUGCUGCAGAUAAGAAACUAGCAACCAGCUCAAAAUUAGCUAAAAAGGAGCCUAAAAAAGAGGAAAAGGAGAUUAAAAAAGAUGAGAAGGAUAAGGAAAAGGAAGAGAAAAAGAAGGAUGAGCUUGAAUCGGAGCCAGAUGAUCCUAUAAUCAAAGAUUUAUUCUCUGGCAUUGAAGGUGCAGCUUUUCAAAGCCGAAUGCCAUUUGAUAAAAUGACUUCUACUGAAGCAGCAUGCUUUCCUGACAUUGCUCAGGCUGUAAUGCAAACUGUAAAGGUGUACUUACACAUUCGUAACAGAAUCUUACAAAUGUGGCUUGAUAAUCCUAAGCAGCAGCUAAUCAUUGAUCAAGUUCUUGAUCACAUUGAGCCACCUUUUAAUAGUGACUUAGCUUUAGUAAAAAGAGUGCACACAUUCCUAGAGAGGAAUGGUUUUAUCAAUUUCGGAAUUUUUAAAAGGUUGAAACCAUUGCCAGUUAAAAAAUAUGGCAAAGUAAUUGUCAUUGGGGCAGGAAUAGCUGGUUUAGCAGCUGCUCAGCAACUGCAACAAUUUGGGCUUGAAGUAAUUGUUCUGGAGGCUCGAGAUCGAGUAGGAGGUCGCAUUGCUACCUUUAGAAAAGGUAGUUACAUUGCAGAUUUAGGUGCUAUGGUUGUUACUGGUUUGGGUGGAAAUCCAGUCACUGUUUUGAGCAAACAGAUUGAUAUGGAACUGCAUCGCAUUCGUCAGAAAUGUCCUCUGUAUCAAUCGACUGGUGUUACUGUCGACAAAGACAAGGAUGAGAUGGUUGAACGAGAGUUCAAUCGAUUGUUGGAAGCUACUUCCUAUUUGUCUCAUCAGUUAGACUUUAAUUAUGCUGGUAAUAAGCCUGUAAGCUUGGGACAAGCUUUAGAAUGGGUGAUCAAACUCCAGGAGAAACACAAUAUGGAGAAACAAAUCCAACACCUACAGUCCGUCAUUGGUCUGCAGGAGAAACUACAAGUUAACCAGAGAGAAUUGGUUAACAUUAAAGAUAAUAUGACUGAAUUACAUGCUAAGUAUAAAGAGUUAAGUGAAAUUGAGAAGAGAGAUAUUGAGUUGGAGUUUGCCUAUCGGAGCACUUCGAGGGAUUUAAGGGCACUUGCUAAAGAAUGGGAUUUGUUGCAAGAACAGGCGACUGAGAUUGAAGAAAAGUUGAAGAUUUUAGAAGCAAAUCCGCCUAGUGACGUGUAUUUAUCCUCCAAGGACCGGCAGAUCUUGGACUGGCACUUUGCGAAUCUGGAAUUUGCCAACGCGACCCCACUGUCGAACCUCUCGCUGAAGCACUGGGACCAGGACGACGACUUUGAGUUCACCGGGAAUCACUUAACAGUAAGAAAUGGUUAUUCCUGUGUACCAGUGGCCUUGGCUGAAGGGUUGGAUAUUAAAUUGAACGCUGCUGUGAAGAAGGUGGAGUAUAAUCAACGCGGGGUCGAAGUUACAGUCUACAACUCCAAGAAUACUCAGGUCCUCAACACGUAUCACGCGGACGUUGUUUUGUGCACCCUUCCUCUUGGUGUGCUAAAGUUGGCUGCUGCAUCUUCGAGCAUCCAGGAUAAUACCGUCCACUUUUCACCACCUUUACCGGAUUGGAAGACUUCAGCAAUACAACGUUUAGGUUUUGGAAAUCUCAACAAAGUAGUUUUGUGUUUUGAGCGAAUUUUCUGGAAUCCGCAAGCAAAUUUAUUCGGUCAUGUUGGGAGCACCACUGCAAGUCGCGGGGAACUGUUUCUUUUCUGGAAUCUUUACAAGGCACCAGUACUUUUGGCUCUUGUUGCUGGAGAAGCAGCUGCUAUCAUGGAAAAUGUAACCGAUGAUGUUAUCGUUGGAAGAUGUAUUGCUGUAUUACGUGGGAUUUUUGGGCAGUCGGGUGUCCCACAACCGAAGGAAACUGUAGUCACUCGCUGGAGAGCCGAUCCUUGGUCCCGUGGUUCUUACAGUUUUGUAGCAGUAGGAAGUUCUGGAAGUGACUACGAUCUCUUGGCGUCUCCCGUGAUUCCGCCAAAUCCUGCAACUCCGACGGUAGCACCCUGUGGCCCAGCUCGUGUGUUUUUCGCUGGCGAACACACUAUCCGGAAUUACCCAGCCACCGUGCAUGGAGCUUUCCUCAGCGGUCUCCGUGAAGCCAGCCGCAUCGCAGAUCAAAUUAUUGGAAAUCCAUGCCUGCCAAUACCGGCCGAGUAGUGGCGACAAUGGCCAUGGUUUCCAAUUUACACUCAGACAUGUUUUAUGUAAGUGCCAUUUGCCAUUCACACCGCUAAUUGCCGUAAUUUAAUGCAUUCCACCGUUAACUUCUUAUUUUAUCCUUAAAUUUAUUCAAUAAUUGUAAUUGUUUAAUUUUAAUUUUAUGUACGUGAUUGGUGAAAUAAAUAAACGUUUGCUUCUUUUUAGACGAACAA